CCAAAGGACUGAACAGUACAAAUCGGACCGAUGACGUCAUUAUUGUGUCAGACUGUUAAGAUAAAGGAGGUGACAGGUGGUUGCUGCAGAGAUCCUCAUUCACGACAACAGCUGGACGCCCCCUCUCCUCCCUCCAUUGGGAGCGCGCCGUGAGAGCCCGACAGAGCGCGGAAUCUCCCGCCAUUCCCUCACUGCUUCUUCAUCGCCGGCGUGCGCGUCUUCUUUUUCUCUCGCUCACACGCACUGACCCGCAAUGUGGGCGAACGUGCGGCAGCCGCAGCACCCGGGCGCACACUCGCGCAGCAGCGCCCUCCGCUGAGCGCAGAACCCGCGAACAUUUGGCGGGGUUUUUUUUUUUUUUUUUUUCCUCCCUCUCUUGCUUUUUUUCUUGUCAAAUUGAUAAGGAUGAAGUGGCGCCAAGUAUCCUGAGUGGUUUGGACUCCGCAGCUGGUUCCGGAGGGGAGAGGGGGUUGGGGUCCAGUCAUGGGCAGCCCGGAACCCACGCCCCUCAGCUUCAUGUGGCUCGUGCACACGUGCGUGCAGCUGGCACGCUGCCAGGAGCUCUUGGCGCCACAUUCCAUCCGCGUGGAGGGUGACGUCACGCUCGGGGGGCUGUUCCCCGUGCACGCCAAGGGGCUGCCCGGUGGUCCCCCGUGCGGGGACCUGAAGAAGGAGACCGGCAUCCAGCGCCUGGAGGCCAUGAUGUACGCGCUUGACGUCAUCAACAGCGACGAGCGCCUGCUGCCCAACAUCACGCUGGGCGCGCGCGUGCUCGACACGUGCUCGCGGGACACACACGCGCUCGAGCAGUCGCUGACGUUCGUGCAAGCGCUCGUGCAGAAGGACACGUCGGACGUGCGCUGCACAGACGGGGACGCGCCAGUGCUCGUGGAGGCGGAGAAGGUGGCGGGCGUGGUGGGCGCGUCCGCCAGCUCGGUGUCCAUCAUGGUGGCCAACAUUCUGCGGCUCUUCCAGAUUCCACAGAUCAGCUACGCGUCGACGGCUUCCGAGCUAAGUGACGAGCGGCGUUAUGACUUCUUCUCUCGCGUGGUUCCCCCCGACGGCUUUCAAGCUCAGGCCAUGCUGGACAUUCUCAAGGCGCUGGGAUGGACGUACGUGUCCACGGUGGCGUCGGAGGGCAGCUACGGCGAAAGGGGCGUGGACGCCUUCUUGCAGCUUUCGAGAGACGCGGGUGGAACAUGCGUGGCUCAGUCUGUGAAGAUUCCACACCACCCCACAACAUCCUUCUUUGACAAAGUCAUCCGCCUCCUGCUAGACACGCCCGCCGCCCGUGCCGUCAUCCUCUUCGCUUCUGAUGAUGACAUCAGAGGUGUCCUGAGUGCCAGCAAGCGUGCGCAGCAAGUGGAUCACUUCCUGUGGAUCGGCUCCGACAGCUGGGGCGCUAAUAAUGCUCCCGUCCAUCAGCUGGAAGACAUCGCCACCGGCGCCAUCACCGUCUUGCCCAAAAGAGCCACCAUCAAAGGCUUUGACGCAUACUUCAUGUCACGCACGUUGGAGAACAACCGCAGGAACGUUUGGUUUGCUGAGUUCUGGGAGGAGAACUUCCACUGUCAGCUGACAAACACGCCCACACAACGGCACGCCGCCAGAAAGUGCACGGGUCUGGAGCGGAUCGGCAUGGAUUCCAAGUACGAGCAGGAGGCCAAAGUGCAGUUUGUGAUGGAUGCCGUGUAUGCCAUGGCCUACGCGCUCCACAACAUGCAUGCUGACCUUUGCCCCCCGAACUCCGCCGUCUGUCCCAAUAUGGAGAUGGCUGGUGGCAAGAAGCUGCUUAAGUACAUCCGCGCUGUCCAUUUCAACGGAAGUGCCGGUACUUCAGUCACAUUCAAUCAUAACGGCGACGCCCCGGGACACUACGACGUCUUCCAGUACCAGUGGAACGACGCCAGCGGGCCAGGAUACCGAGUCAUAGGACAGUGGACAGAAACUCUGCAGCUCAACGUGGAGGACAUGCGAUGGGGCCGCGGCAAACGGGAUGUUCCUUCGUCUGUGUGCAGCCUUCCGUGUCGGGCGGGCGAGAGGAAGAAGGUGGCGAAGGGCGUGGCCUGCUGCUGGCACUGCGAGCGCUGCGACGGUUACCAGUAUCAACACGACGAGUUCACAUGCAAGUUGUGCGCCUUCAACAUGCGACCCGACGCUAACCGCACUUCCUGUCAGCCCAUCCCUGUCAUCCACUUGGAAUGGGGCUCCCCGUGGGCGCUCGUGCCCGUCUUCCUCGCCAUCCUGGGCAUCGCUGCCACGCUGGCUGUCACGGCCGCCUACUUGCGUUACAACCACACGGCCGUGGUGCGCGCAUCCGGCCGCGAGCUGAGCUACAUGCUCCUGACGGGGAUUUUCCUGUCCUACGUUGUUACUUUCCCGAUGAUCGCCAAGCCGGACGCGGGUGUGUGCUCGCUCAGGCGCAUAUUUUUGGGGCUGGGAAUGUGCAUCAGCUACGCCGUCCUGCUCGCCAAAACACACCGCAUCCACGCUAUCUCCGGAAGGAGCAAGGUGUCAGUGGCGACACACCGCCUAGUCAGUCCCGCUUCUCAGCUCGCCGUGGUCUGCUGCCUCGUCGCCGUCCAGCUGCUGGCCACGCUGCUCUGGAUCGCCGCCGCCCCAUCCCGCGCCAUGGUCGACUACGACCAGCGGAAAAGCGUGGAGCCGCGUUUGGCGCGCGGCGUGUUGAAGUGUGACAUGGGCGACCUGCAGACCAUCUGCACGCUGGGUUACGCCAUCCUGCUGAUGGUUGCGUGCGCGGCCUACUCCAUCAAGACGCGCCGCCUGCAUGACGCCGUCCACGAAGCCAAAGCCAUCAGCUUCACUGUCUACACCACUUGCAUCGUCUGGCUCGCCUUCAUUCCUAUUUUCUUCGGAACGCCGCGAUCUGCCCACAAGCUUCACAUCCAGACCACCGCUCUGACCAUCUCCAUGAGCCUCAGCGCCUCGGUGGCAUUGGGAAUGCUCUUUCUUCCCAAGGUGUACGUCAUCAUCUUCCACCCGGAACUCAACGUAGCCCAGAGGAGGCGGUCCUUUAAGGCGGUGGUGACGGCGGCCGCCGCAACUUCAAGAUUGGCUCACAAGGUCAGCGAGCGACCCAACGGCGAGGCCAAGACUCAACUGUGCCACAAUGUGGACGCCAGCAGCUAAUUUCCUCUGUUGUGACAGGUGACUUGACCUGACACCAUCUUCCAUCAGCUUGUUGCUUUUAUGAGAAGGGGGGAGGAAGCUUUUUUCGGCGAUGUCUCACUCUGACGUCCAGGUAGAGACAGUUUGACCUGAAAGGUUCCAAACUUCCUGUCAACUUUUUUUUUUUUUGGAAUGAAGCCAUUGUUUAGCAGCCAUUGAAAUAUGGACCAUCGCCAAAUCUGACAUAAGUCAACAAACAUUCCAAAGUGGGAAUGAAAGUCAGUUGGUCAGCAUGCUAUGUUGUGGUUUGAGCAUCUGUCUUCAACAAGAAUGAUUGCUUCGUUGUUUACUUUUACUUUAGGAGAGCAAAACAAAUCCAGUAGACGAAUGUAGACACAUGACCAAAUAUGGGCGAGACUUCUUUGAGGUGGUACAUGAUUGCAGUGACAGUUAUGGGAGGCUGAACACUCACUGCGGUGGGCGGGGCUUUUUUCCUUCCUUUGAAAGAAUUUCUUGGCGCCACCUCCAAGCUGCUUGUUAAGUCAGAAAUGAAAAACAAAAAAUAAUUUUUAAGGGCUAUUUAUUUCAAAGAUGGAAUAUUGGUUUGGUUUGCUUCAGACUUGCAGCAUGUGUUUCAUUUGUGAGUUGUGUUAUUCUAUGAUGUCCUUCACUCAGGCUGUGUCUCAAAUGGAAUACUUCCUUCCGUCAGUACACUUCAAUAAGUCACACUGUAGCUCCUGAGUGUGCAUAUGUUCACAUUGUGGAGUGGAAAUGACCAUCACGAUAUUUACCCUAUCUGUUUCCUCUCUCUUUUUCAACAAUGAAUUGGGACUACUCAAGUUAGUCUCUCCACUGGCAAUUCUUGCAUUACCAUAUUUUAUGGCGUUACGAGUGUCGACCUGCAAGCGCAUUUUGACCCUUUAAUACGCUUUAAUCAUAUAUUGUUGUUUGCCCGUGUCACUUUCACUCACCGUCUCGCUUCUUGCAAACCUUCUUGGGUAGCGUGGCGUCAACCUCAAAACUUCACAUGGCAUAAAGGCUGUGAUUAGUCAGCUUUUAGUACUUUGGUUCCUGUGUGUGACUCCUUCAGGGGGCGUUCAACCCACCUCCUAAAAUGCAUGGCUUAGUUCCAGCUGCUAUAACACUCCCCUUUUCGCUUUAAUUGGCCAUCGUUCACUUGCAACAAGGGAAGCUAACAAGCUCAAUAGUCAUGAGAGUUGUGGUUGCUCACUGAAUUGUAGUGAGGGUGUUCAUAAAGUGUGACCCGUAGCUCAAUUAAGUGUUUUUCACUUGUCUAAUUAUAUCUGUUUUUUUUUUUUUAAAUGCACUAAAAAUGCUAGGUGUAAGUAUGGAAGUGUGCUAAUUGAAGCACAGCCCUUGUCUCCAGUGUUGUAAAAUUGUGGAAAAAUCAUGCAUGUGUUUAUUUGUGACCUCUGCAAACCAUGUGACCUGAUGCUGCAUGUUUUCUUUUAUUUACUCUUUGUUGGACGUCCUCAUGAAGACCACAAGUGCAUAUGUUUGUGUUUGUUGUGUGCAUGCGUGUGUUUGUGUUGCUCGCUGCUUUUGUGCACAAUGUUGUGGUGGGACCAUGACCUUUAAUGCCUUUCCUGUGAUCUGGUCAGAGAAUGGAUCAAAUAUAUUUGUUACUUUUGAUAACAACUCUCGUGUGUGUUGUUGUUUUCGCUCCCUCACACACAAACACACAGAGUCAAUACAGGUUACUCUCUCUCAUAAGUUGCUACAGUACCUCACAGGUCUAUAGUAUGCCUCUCAUAUUUCAUUAUAUUA